UUCCUAUCACUGGGAUGGGAGGGUUGGGCAAGACCACACUCGCUCAACUUGUUUACAAUGAUGUCAGAAUAGUGAAUCAUUUUGAUCUCCAAGUAUGGAUUUAUGUUUCCGACGAUUUUGAUGUAACUAGAGUGACAAAAACAAUUUUAAACUCCAUUGUUCCUGAGCAGGAUGAUAGCAAUAUUUUUCGCCGCCGUCAUUUUAAUGAUCUAAACUGGCUUCAAGUCAAACUGAAAAGAGAACUCUCUGGUAAGAAGUUUUUGCUUGUUUUGGAUGAUGUUUGGAUGCAGAAUUAUAAUGAUUGGACCAUUCUAUAUAGUCCAUUUGAAGCUGGUUCACCAGGAAGUAAGAUAGUCGUUACAACUCGCUUGCAAGGUGUUUCAUCGAUGAUAAAAACUGGUGCAGGGUACUCAUUGGCAAAGUUGUCAGAUGAUGAUUGUUUGCAAGUUUUUACUCAACACUCGUUGGGAACAAAAGAUUUUAGUGUGCAUGAUCAAGACUUAAAAGAAAUUGGUGAGAAGAUAGUUAAAAAGUGUGAUGGAUUGCCUUUGGCAGCUAAAACUCUUGGUGGCUUAUUACAUGGUAAAUAUGAUGUCAAUGAUUGGAGAGAUGUUCUAAAUAGCAAAAUAUGGGAUAUAUCGGAAGAGGAAGGUGACAUUAUGCCAGCUCUCAAAGUAAGUUACUAUCAUCUUCCCCCACAUUUAAAACAAUGUUUUGCGUACUGCUCGUUAUUCCCAAAGGGUUAUGAAUUUCAAGAGCAGAAGAUGGUUUUAUUAUGGAUGGCUGAGGGUUUCUUGCAAAGUGAAAAUGGUGUGAACAAACUGGAAAACUUGGGCUGCAAAUACUUUCGUGAGUUAAAGUCGAGAUCAUUUUUCGAAAAAUCAGACUCCAAUGCAUCAUUGUUUGUGAUGCAUGACCUUAUCCAUGAUCUUGCUCAAUGGGCUGCUGGAAAAACAUACUUGAGAAUGGAGGAUAUGCACGAGGGUGACAAUCAAUUUUGGUUUUCUGAUAAUCUUCGUCAUUUAUCAUACACUGGAGGCCCAUUGGAUGGCAUGGAAAAGCUUGAAGCCUCCAAUGGUGUCAAACAUUUACGAACUUUCUUACCACUCACGGUGAAACGAGAAGAUUCCUCUUACGCCAGCCGUAAAGCUCCUUUUAUUUAUUAUAAAUCAGAAUCUGCUAGGUUCCCUUCUGUCACUCUUAAUUUUUUUUAUCAGAUGUUGCAGAAAUCACAGCGUUUAAGGGUAUUAUCUUUGCAUAAAUACUGUGUCGAAGAGCUACCAUAUGACAUUGGAGAUUUGAAGCAUCUACGGUACCUUGAUCUGUCUUACACUGAUAUUAUAAGUUUGCCUGAAUCAGUUGGUAGUCUGUACAAUUUACAAUCACUUUUGCUAGAGGGUUGUGCUAUUCUAAGGACAUUGUGUACAGAUAUGGGGAACCUUGUCAGUCUGCGGCAUCUCAACCUUUUCAGUGUAAAUUUAUUGGAGCAUAUGCCUCGCAGGAUUGGAAAAUUAACCAGUCUCCAAACACUUCCUAAGUAUGUUUUGGGCAAAGACGUUGGCUCUGGGUUAGAAGAAUUGAAGUCUUUAACCCAUCUUAAGGAUAGUCUUCACAUUUCGGGAUUAGAGAAUGUACACGAUGCUAAUGACGCCAAGGAGGCAGACUUGAAUGGUAAGCAGAACCUGAAUGUGCUUCUUUUGGAAUGGACUUGUAGUACCGAAACUUCGGCGCGGGUAGAAUCUCAAGCACAAGUGCUGGAGUUGCUACAACCUCACCAAAACUUGACAGAGCUCAGUGUCAUUGGCUAUGAGGGUACAAAAUUUCCAACUUGGAUAGGAAAUUCCUCUUUCACAAAACUAAAGAGUCUAAGAUUCGAGAAUUGUGGCAAUUGUAUUUCCUUGCCUUCUGUUGGGCACCUUCCCCUUCUCAAGGAACUUGUUAUCAAUGGAAUGGUUCGAGUGAAGAGCGUGGAUCCAGAGUUCAAUGGAAAUGGUUGCUCGGUCCCUUUUCCAUCACUUGAGAGACUCUACUUUGGGGACAUGAAAGAAUGGGAAAACUGGAUUCCUCAUGGACCUGGUCAAGAAGUUGAAGAGUUUCCUAGCCUACGAGAGCUUUUUAUUGUUCGUUGUUCAAAACUGAAUGGGGAAUUGCCAAAACGUCUUCCGAAAUUGGAAAAGCUUGUCAUUGAAAAAUGCGAGCAACUGUCGGUGUCAGUUCCAAGUUCUCCAGUACUCUGCAAAUUAGAGAUUUAUGGGUGCAACGAGGUGGAGUGGGAAAUUGAAGACGGUGGUUCAUUGAAGUCAGUGAAACUUAUUGAUGUAUCAAAUCGUGUGACUAUGGGAGAGAGUUUUGUGCAAGGGGUACCAAAACUAGAAGAACUGAGGAUUCGUGGUUGCAAAGACAUAACUUUCAAAGGAAUGGAAUCACAUCAAGAUAUUAGCUCACUUCAUGGAUUGGCUCCUGAGCGCUGUUCCCAAGUUCUUUCCACGGUUGCAGAGGAAGAAGAAAAGCUACUACAACAAAGGUUUCCUUGCAGACUUCAUAAUCUGGAACUGAGGGAUUGUGAAAACCUUGCAAAGCUACCGCAAACGCUGCAUAAUCUCAGUUCACUUACAGAUAUAUCAAUAAAAAACUGCUCAAAUCUUGUUUCUUUUGCUGAAGUAGUUGGCUUGCCUUCUCAGCUGAGAUCCAUUACGAUUGAGAAUUGCAAAGCACGGGGAGUUGAAGCAUUGGUGCACAGCAGUAUGACAUCUCUUGAAAGUUUCAAUAUUUCAGAUUGUGAGUCUGUGAAAUACAUUGCAAGAGUUCAGCUACCUCCGAAUCUGAAGCGGCUGGGCAUCAAAUAUUGCAAUAACUUACAGACUUUGGUGGACAAAGAAGUUUUUGAAAUGUUCGAGGAGAGUAUCAACAGUGGCAGCAGUCAGAACACUUCUCUGCUAGAGUACUUGAAUAUUAGAGACUGUGAAUCUCUUGCGUCCUUGUUGUCACAUGGUGAGUUGCCAUGCUCAGUUGAGCGCAUUGAGGUUUAUAAUUGCCCGAAUCUUGUUUUCUUCUCUUCAAGAGGUAAUCUGCCUACGGCUCUUUUAUUCCUUACCAUUCAGCAAUGCUCAACGCUGGAGUCAAUAGCAGAAAGGGUGAAUGAUAACACAUCUCUUGAGAAAUUUUGUAUCGAUGGGUGUAAAAAUCUAAAAUUGUUACCCGAUUGCUUGAACAAACUCAGCCAUCUUCAUGAGAUUAAAGUAACGGAUUGUCCAAAUUUUAUUCAAUUUCCAGAAGGAGGGUUGCCCUCCACCAAACUAUCAACGGUUUACAUAAAUGAGUGUGAGAAACUGGUGGCCCUGCCAAAUGGAAUGUGCAAUCUCACCUCUCUUCAGCAAUUGACAAUACAAAAAUGUCCAGGCAUUGUAUCUUUUCCUGAGGAUGGAUUUCCCGCUAACAUUUGGUCACUCAAGAUUAAAGAUGCCAACAUCUGCAAGCCAUUGUUCAAGUGGGGAUUGCACAGACUCACCUCUCUUUCUGUGCUCAAAAUUAGUGGAGGAUGUGAUGACGUGGAGUCCUUUCCGCAGGAGGAGAUAGGAAUGAAACUUCCAACCUCUCUAGAUACACUGGAAAUUGAAAAUUUUCCGAAUCUGGAAAGCCUGUCCUCUUCGGUUCAAAACCUGACCUCCUUAACAGAACUACAUUUCCUUCGCUGUCCAAAGCUCAAAUACUUUCCAAAUGGGCUGCCCCCCUCAAUCGACUAUCUUUAUAUCGAUGGAUGUCCUCUGCUGAAAGAAAAAUGCAAAAAGAAUGCAGAGUAUUGGCCCAUCAUAGCCAACAUAAUAUCGGAAUCUCCUUGA